ACUACACUACCCACACCAUUAAAAUAUUCGUACGAACCCAAAAAUGAUAAUAUUUACAGAAAUAAAACGAUUUAUCUUUUUUUUUAAAUUUUAUUAUUAAAUAUUGAAUCUGCGUAUCCUAUAAACUCAACGUAAACGAAAAGCAAAAUCUUCAUCACAAUCACGCCUUUCUCCUUUGUUUUAAAUUUUUUUUUCAAUGGUGAUGGAAGUGGAUAACGAGAGUAGCGGAAGCAAAGCGAACGACACGUCGUCGUUGCAGAGCCGCCAGCAACGGCAGAAACUCGACGUGUAUAAUGAAGUUCUACGGCGACUCCGAGAAUCCGACAAUGAUGAGGCUAAUCGACCUGGUUUCGAAGAUGAGCUUUGGACUCACUUCAAACGUCUCCCUACUCGCUAUGCGUUAGAUGUGAAUGUGGAAAGGGCAGAAGAUGUUCUGAUUCACAAGAGAUUGCUGUAUUUGGCUCAUGAUCCUGCCAACAGACCAGCAAUGGAAGUUCGUCUCGUGCAGGUCCAAUCUGCAUCUGAUGGAGCUGAUUCCACUCUUUCAAACCCGCUGUGCGAGAAGUCUGCUCAAAAUUCUCCAAAAUACUCUAACAGACAGAGCAUACAUCCACCGCCUGCCUUUGGCUCAUCGCCUAAUCUUGAAGCCCUUGCACUUGAAGCAAAUAAGUCUAAGGAUCAAGAUGGAGAUAGUUCUUUACUUGACAGUUCACAUCUUUCCCGACCCAUGCAUGAAGUUACAUUUUCAACAGAAGACAAACCAAAACUUCUUAGUCAGUUGACCGCAUUGCUUGCUGAGGUUGGGCUGAACAUCCAGGAAGCACAUGUGUUUUCCACGGUCGAUGGCUACUCCUUGGAUUGUUUUGUAGUUGAUGGUUGGCCUUACGAGGAAACCGAGCGGCUUAAAUUUGCUUUGGAAAAGGAAAUCUUGAAAAUUGAGAAGCAAUCUUGGCUUAAGCAACAUUCGUUUUCUCCUACGAGGGACUAUUGCGAAGUGGGCAGCAGUGACGAUCAGAAUUAUGUGGCAAUUCCUAAUGAUGGGAUUGAUGUUUGGGAAAUUGACCCUAGACAGUUGAAGUUCGAAACCAAAGUUGCAUCUGGAUCAUAUGGUGAUCUGUAUAAAGGUACUUACUGUAGUCAAGAAGUGGCUAUUAAGGUCCUCAAGCCAGAGCGUAUAAAUACUGAUUUGCAGAAAGAGUUUGCCCAGGAGGUUUUCAUCAUGAGGAAAGUUCGGCACAAGAAUGUUGUACAAUUUAUUGGGGCAUGUACCAAGCCUCCAAACUUGUAUAUUGUAACAGAAUUUAUGUCGGGUGGAAGUGUAUAUGAUUACCUUCAUAAACAAAAGGGUGUUUUCAAGCUCCCAUCCUUGCUUAAAGUUGCAAUAGAUGUUUCCAAAGGGAUGAACUACUUGCACCAAAAUAAUAUAAUCCACAGGGAUUUGAAAGCUCCCAAUCUUCUAAUGGAUGAAAAUGAAGUGGUUAAGGUUGCUGAUUUUGGUGUUGCUAGAGUGAAAGCUCAAUCUGGAGUAAUGACGGCCGAAACAGGAACAUAUAGAUGGAUGGCUCCCGAGGUUAUUGAACACAAGCCAUAUGAUCACAAGGCCGAUGUUUUCAGUUUUGGAAUUGUAUUAUGGGAGUUGUUAACUGGAAAGCUACCAUAUGCAUGUUUAACCCCUUUACAAGCUGCUGUAGGAGUCGUUCAAAAGGGUCUACGUCCAACAAUUCCGAAGAACACUAACCCAAAGCUUGCUGAACUACUUGAGAGAUGCUGGCAAUUAGAUCCGACCCUAAGACCUGAUUUUUCUGAAAUUAUAGACAUUUUGCGACAAAUUGCAAUGGAGGUUGGAGACGAAGGCGAGAACCACCAUAAAGUCGACGACCACCAACGUAAGGAGAAAUCUGCCGGCGGAUUCUUUUCUGUCCUUAGAAGAGGCAGCCACUGAGGUAAUAUAUAUAUUAUACAGUUGAUGUUUACAACCUGAUCAGCCAUAGCCUUUUUUAACUAUGUUGGCCAUUCCCAGCAUUAGCACUGUAUAGUAUCUAAUCAAGUUAUAUGAUUGGGUUUUUGUUCAUUUUGGUAUCGAUAAUUUCCUCAUUUUUCUCUCAUGACAAUUAAUGUUCAUUGUUUUACUUCCCAUUCCCUUUUUUUAGCUUUAAUUUAUUAAAUUUGUAAGAAGGGAUGAUAAAUGAGCUUUGUAACAUGAUAUUUCUGCCAUGGCCUUAUAGUUCAAUAGUGAUUUGAUAA